AUGCCAAAUGGUAGCCUUGAAAAGUGGUUGUACAAUCAGAGGCACAACUGUUUGGAUAUUCUUACUCGCAUGGAUCUAAUGAUUGAUGUGGCAUCAGGAAUGGAGUAUCUUCACCAUGGAUAUUCAGAACUCAUUGUUCAUUGUGAUUUGAAGCCGAGCAAUGUCCUUUUGUAUGAAGACAUGGUUGCACAUGUUGGUGACUUUGGCAUUGCAAAAAUUUUGGCAAAAUACAAAUCUAUGACUCGAACGACAACUCUUGGCAUAACUGGUUACAUUGCACCUUGUAAUUUCCUUUUGGAUGAAGACAUGGUUGCACAUGUUGGUGACUUUGGCAUUGCAAAAUUUUUGGCAAAAUACAAAUCUAUGACUCGAACGACAACUCUUGGCACAACUGGUUACAUUGCACCUUGUACAAUUCCUUCCUCUGUUUUCAACAUUUCUAGUCUUAGAUAUGUUGCUCUGACGUCCAAUGGUAUUUUUGGAAGUAUUCCAACGGAUAUGUGCCAUAGGCUUCCAAAUUUAGAAGCCUUUUAUCUUCCGGAUAAUCCAAUUCGGGGUCAUAUUCGAGCAAGCUUGUGCCUUUGUAGAAAUCUCAAACAAUUGGGACUUGGUAAAGUUGGAUUUGCAGGAACCAUACCGAAAUGCCUCGGUGAGAUUUCAUCAGAGUUAGGCAAGCUUUCUAAUUUAAGAAUGCUAAACCUUCAGUAUAAUAAGCUUUCUGGUAGAUUACCUCCAACCUUUUGCAGCCUCAAUUCUUCUAUUGAAAGAAUUUAUGUUUCUAAGAAUCUGCUAAGGGGACAUAUUUCAGACUUGUGCCUUUGUAAAAAACUCAGAGAAGUGGUACUGGAUCACAAUGGAUUUGCGGGAAGCAUACCGAGAUGCCUGAGUAAUCUUUCUCACUUGGAAUUACUUGAUUUAAAAAACAAUAAUCUGUCAGGUGAGAUUUCAUCAGAGUUGGGCCAGCUUUCUAAUUUAACAGUACUAGACCUUCAGUCUAAUAAUCUCUCUGGUAGCUUACCUCCGACCAUUUUCAACCAUUCAUUAACUGUAAAUGUUCCAAAGAUCACUGGUUUUCAACUUCCUAUGCUUAGAGAAGUAUAUUCGAGUCUUAAUCGGUUAAGUGGUAGAAUUCCAGAUUCCAUCUCCAAUGCUUCAAUGCUCAUAAUCUUGGAAUUAGCGACCAAUUUCUUUAGUGGACCGGUGCUGAUGACAUUUGAUAAAUUUGCAAGAAAAUGA